AUGGACGUCGAAAGCGUCGUACGCACCGCAGUUGAGUCAGGCGUCUUCACGAAGCCUUCAGCGGAUCAAAAAGUUUUUAAGGAUCAAUGCGCUUACUGCUUCAAGGACCCUCAUACUAAAGACGGUCUUUACAUCAAUCUCAAGAAUUAUCAUGCUUUCUGCAGAGAGCAUGCGGAAAUCUAUGCGAAUAACACUGGAAAUAAUCUUUAUGUGCAGUUUGAAUCAACCAAGGUUUUCGUUGAAGAGAAAGUGGAUGGUGAACGAGCUGAUGGCGAGCCAACGAACAAAAUGACGAAGCUCACAAUUGAUGCUGAUCCAAAGUUCGAGUUUGAGGACAAAUACUGUGUCGUAAUUCAUCCGAACUACUCGCAACAGUUUUUCAAUGUUCAAGGAGUGCAAGAAAUUGCAGACGCAAUUCAAACAAUUGCUAACUCAACAAGCGCUGAGCGUUUGGCGCUUCUGUCAUCUACCAGUAACGCUUGGGAUGCUGAUAUUAAACUCAUCACAAAACAUUCUAAUCUAGUCCAACAUGAUAACGAUAAAAGGCUUGCUCUCUCAGGAUGGCAUUGUGAAGUUGAAAAUUGCGGACUGGAUGAAAAUCUGUGGAUCAAUUUGACAGACGGAGCUAUUCGGUGUGGACGUAGUCAGUACGUUGCGGACGGACAGAAGACUAACGGAAACGGUCAUAUGCAAGACUAUUAUGCUGCUACGGGAUAUCCACUCGUUGUGAAACUUGGAACAAUUUCUUCGAACCUUGAAUCAAUUGACGUCUACAGUUACGAUGAAGACGAUGCUGUUAUUGAUCCGAAUUUAGAGAAGCAUCUAAAACACUUCGGUCUUGAUCCCUCCAAACUCGAGAAAACAGCCAAAAGUACACUUGAGAUGGAAUUGGACAUGAAUGAGAAGUGGGAAUGGGCUCGGUGCACUGAAGAUGGUGCUGUUUUGGAACCAGUUUAUGGGCCAGGGUACACAGGACUCAUUAACACUGGAAGCAGCUGCUAUAUGAACUCGGUACUCCAAGCUCUUAUUCAAGUCGACUCAUUCCGUACUCGAUACAGCGAAAAAGCUCUUGAUAUUCUGUUAAAUUGUCCUAUCGAAACGAUCCACAAUGACUUCAACGCUCAAUUCGCAAAAGUGAUUCGUGCUAUGCUCAGCGGAGACUAUUCUUCCGAAACUGAUCUUGAGCACAAUAACAUUAAGCCACUGCAAUUCAAACGGGUCGCUGCAGGAAACCAUGCUGAAUUUUCAACUGCUAAGCAACAAGACGUCGAAGAGUAUAUUAGAUUCCUUUUCGAGAAAAUCUCUCAGAACUCGAAAGACGAAGUAAUCGAUCCAACGGGUUCUUUGAGAUUUCAGACAUGGAAUCGUUUUGAAGAUAUUGCUACUCAAAAAGUUCGUUAUACCGAACAAGAAGAGCUAAUCCUUCGUUUGCCGAUUCCAGAGGCACUUCUCAAGCCUAUUCCGGACACGGAAAACCGUUUCACGGUUGAUAUGAGUGCCGCAAUUCAAGCUGCAUUUGAUGUGCAAUUCGGAUACAAAUCCCCUAUCACCGGAGAGCAGAAGGGAGCCACAAAUACCAUCACGAUGAAGACUUUCCCAGAUUAUCUUCUCUUUCAAGUUUCGAAGUUCACGUACAACAAUCUUGGUGUACAGAAAAAACUUGAUGUAGAAGUCGAAGUCAGUGAUGAACUCGAUCUAGUUGCGUAUCGUGGGCACGGAAAGCUGGAAGGCGAGGAAUUACUUCCUGUCGAAACUCCAUCCGAGCCAGCUGCCCCAGAAAUUCCAGCCAAUGUUCGUGCAGUUGCUGGAGAGCUGAUGGUGGCUACAAACUGGUUGAUGGAGCAUAUGGACGAGCCAAACAUUAAUGACGUCUUUGUCAUGCCGACAGGAACACCAUCUGCUCGUGGAGAAGUUGAUCCGAAUCUGGUGGCAUCGAUUAUUGACAUGGGAUUCACGCCUUAUCAGGCUAGAUAUGCACUGAAACAAGUUCCAACUGUUUCUGAGGCAGUCGACUGGCUUUUCACCAAUAUGGAAACUAUCCCAGUCGAGACAGCGGCCACCGGAUCUAGUUCAGAUGCUCCACAACCAUCGAUCACUGAAGCAGCGAAUAGGAAAUCUUAUAAAGAUGGAUCCGAAAAAUACAAGUUGAUCGGAAUGAUCUCACACAUGGGAUCUCGCCCGGACUCUGGGCAUUAUGUUGCUCAUAUGCUCAAAGACGGAAAAUGGGUUCUCUUCAACGACGAAAAAGUGGCUCUCUCACAAGAUCCACCAAAGAAGUUGGCCUACAUCUAUCUUUACAAACGUGUCGAAUAA